AUGAACGAGUUGUCCAACUCGAAGACGAGCUGCGAGCUGCUAGACGCGCAGAUCGAUGCCAACGAGUGGAAGGAACGCUACGCAGCUCGCGAGAAACAACAUUUGCACGAAGAAGCGACAGAUGAUGCUACGAGCGACAACGAACUUGAUACUCGGUUCGACAAUUACCAGUCUGAAGACUCGUCGGACGAACAAGGCGUGCGUCGAGGUGUGAAGCGCCGUGCGACAGAUAUCAACGAGGCCGCCCCGGUGCAGCAGCACCCGCGGCUGCAAAUGGUCUCUCCUCCCUCGGCCGCGAUGACAGACGCACAGAGCGACGAUCAUUUUGCUGCUUUGCAAAUCGACACACCACCUGCGUCACCCGCCACACAGGGGGCCAUGGAAGAGAUUUGGCGCUCGACCGUGCGCGACGAAAUGCACGCGCGCGUCCUCCUUGGCGACGACGUCAAUCUCGACGAGGUUGCGUGGUACGCCUUCGCACCAGAUUACGUUGCUCUUCUGCCAUCGCAGUCAUGGCCCCGCGGAGCUGUCUCUGCGCUCGAGUGCAUCGUGUGCCAUGACCCGUACGUUGAACAAGACAUGGUCAUCACGCUGCCGUGUGCGCACCUUGUCCACGAGGACUGUGGCACAGAAUGGCUGCACGAGAACAACGCGUGCCCGGUCUGCACAACGCCAAUCGUGUCCUAA